AUUUUGCUACCAAAUUCUUGUCAAAUUUCUGCGGUUUCGUGCGGUCUGUGCUUUGAUUGAGACUUCAACAACAGUUUCACAAGACCAAAAUCAGGUAAAGUUUACGAAUUUCUGAUUUUGAUUUUACCAAAGUGUGAUUCUCCUUUCUCCCUUUCUGUUUUUGAUUUUGGGUCUUCUGAAGGAAGUUAGGGUUAGGAAUGAGAAUGCUAUUAAGUGUGUGUUAUAAUUUUUUAAGGGUCCUGACUCCAUUCCUCCUCCUACUUUAUGCAAAAAUUGAGGAGAUGUCUUCAGAAGGGACAAUGAGUGUAAUAGGAAGUGAAGUGAUGCCCCUGGAGUAUGGUAACAUGGACUCGGAGAGUUGUCCGUCUCCAUCUAGUUCAGAGAGGACCCUGGAGGAAAAGAGGACCUAUGACCCAAAAUUAGACAUAGUGUCUGAGGUGAAAGGGUAUGUAAACGAGUUGGGUAGCAGGGGUAGUCUUAGGGGUCUUGUAGGUAACUGUGACCUUCCUCACCAUGUCUUAAUUAGGCUAGCCGGGGUGAAUGAGAGAGCAUGCUCAGCACCCCAAGACCACUGGAUGCCCAUGUAUAUCCAUUAUUUGGCUGCAGGGCUUAGGGGUAAGGGUGAGAAGGGGUGGUACUACUUCGGCCCUCAGUCGUCCAGCAAAGAGAAUAUAAGUUUAUUCACUGCUGGACCGUCAUCCAUUAAAGGAUGGAAAGAAAAAUUCUUCUUUGUGGAUGACACCGAGUGGAGUAUGAAGGACACUGAAGUAGAACAAUUGUCUGCUUGGAAAGCUAAGAAAGCCAAGCAGAACAAUUAUAAGUUGAAUGAGGAUGAAGUGGAAGAGGUAGGGAAGCUGGUGAGGGAAGAAGGGGAGUUAGUAGAUAUCAUGUACCUCACAAGCGCAGAGACGAUAAAGGCUGCCAAGCUCUAUGGGCCAAGCUCAUUGAGGGAAGCUGAGAUGGACGGUUUUCUAAAUGCUGCUGGGGGGCUGGCUAUCCCAAAAAAGCUAAGGAAGAAGUCAAAGACUUCAACUGCGGCAGAAAAAGGGGUGGCAGAGACGAAGCGGCUGUCCAGCACUUCUGCCCAGGCUUUGGAGAUGCAACCAAGGCCAGAGCCUAUGAGGAGAAGCAGUGAGGAGGCGAGUGAGGAGGUGGCGCCACUCCAGAGGAAGAAGAGGAAGAUGGCAGAGCCAGAAGCUAGGAGGGAUGAGGUGGUGGAGUUCGUGCCUCGGCCUUCUCCUCAGGAAGUUGAUCCUGAAGUCAGGGAGAGGGAGGAAGCCGAGGUGCAAGGCCCUGGCAAAGGCAAGGAGCUCAUCCCUCCCCCUUCAUUCCAGAAGAGCUUAUUCGAUGCAACCAACAUCACUAGAGCGAAGCGGUUCUUGAAUGCCACACUUCCGGAGGUGGAUAGGAGGCAAGUGAGGGAUGAGCCAGUGAGCCAACUAGGGGCUCGCAUUGUGAGGCACUCCCUGGAGGAGCUACUAAAGGAGAAAGAGGAGCUGCAGAAGGAAAAGAAGGAGCUGCAGAAGAAGAACCAGGAUAUGCAGAGGAAACUGGAUGAAUUUCUGCCAUCAGUAACCGAACACCAGAACGAUAAUGAUACCUUGAGCACGAGACUUGUCUUUGAAGAACGUAAGAAAAAGAUCUGUGAAGACAAGCUCAAGACUCAAGACAAAUACAUUGAUAACAUGAAGAAAGGAGUGGCGAAGCUGAAAAAGAACAUGAAUCUACUGGUUCACAACGGAAUGGAGAAGCACAUUGGCAACUUCCUCAACUCCAGCACCUUCGAGAACAUCAUCAACCUCUACCAACUGCCGACCACAAUUUUGGCUUUCACCGACUGUAGAAAGAAGGUGAAGGCUCAAUAUCCCAAAGUGGACGUCACGACAUUCACCUUCGGCAAGCAAGAAGAAGGGGUGGAGGAGGAUGGUGAAAGUCUUUCUGUUGACUUCCGACCUCUGAUCAAGCUGAGGUGGGAGCGUGACACAGAGGGACGCACUAUCUUCCCUCCUGCCUUUGAUGCUGAGCUAGUGGCCGUAGAGGAAGAGGAAGGAGGGCAAGAUGCUGAAGUGGAGAACCAGAUAGAUCCGGCUGAAGUCCAACCUCCUGAAGUUCAUCCAGUUUCCUCUAACGAAGAGCAGCUAGCUCCUCCUGAAGUAGAAGCGCCGCCUCUGCAUGCUGGGGAUGAGCCGCCUCAACCACCUCUUCCUACUGAGGAGCAGCCUCCUCCCUCAGCAGAUUAGCCUAGGAUUUUAUAUUUUUUAGUUAUAUUUGUAAUGAACAUUUUGUAAUUGAUUUUUCACUAAGUUAUAAAAAAAUUUGAAGUUAUUUUUGGUGUUCAGUGUUGAUUUCUGAUUGCUAUUUUAUUUUAAGUAAAUCACUUCGGAUAAAAUAAAGUGACCUUAAUUAA